GACGCUGCCGUAGAAGUUUUGGAAAUGCUCUUCAUUGUUUUAAUUUGUAUCACUUGUAACGGCAAGACGGGUCUCAUUAAAAGUUGAACGUUUUGUGGACUUGUGCAAAAUGAGCUGAGAUGCUGUAAUACGGACGCCAGGCCACUAGGCGGCAAUGUCACUCGAUAAAGAAGAACAAGGAGCAUGUCGUAGGUCCUUUUGAUGCAGUGAACCCAAAGCAUCAGCAAAUGCGCUGCGGCACAUUGUCCCAUUUCACUGAAUUUGUCCGAAAAUGACGUAUUUACUCAUACUAGAAAUGUCCGUCUGUCUAUGCCAGUAAGAGACAGAACAACAAACUCGUUCCCUGCUGGGGACCGUCAACUGAUGAAUAUAUUCGUCAAGUCCGUUUUGAGCCAGCUGGCGCGGAAGAGGGUCUCGCCGGGCUCGUCUGGGAGAUUCAGAUUUGCUGAGGUGACGAACAGAUCCCUGUCGAUGGCUCGCGUCGCAUUGCUCUGGAUUUGAGAUCGGCACAGCUUUUGAGUCGAAGAUGAAUCCAUCUCGGCUCGUCACCGUGAAUAGGAGGGAAAGGAACGUCGACACGCCGGAAGCUGAACAAGUUUAGGCACCUCGCACACCGGCAGAGGGGGUAUCGACUCCAUUAUUGGUGCCAGUGUGCGUGUUUGCUAUUGGCAAAUUGUAUUGGCCGAGUUGAAUUUGAGGAAGGGGACGCGCGCUCCUGCGGCGCCAUGACGCAGCUCGCGUCGCCGUCGCGCGGACGUGCGUCGUCGUCCUUCCUGCGGCAGUCAAACAUCAACUCGAACCGAGGCGGUGCGGCUGGCGCUGACCAGCUCCCAUUCAGCAAAGGCAAGACUAGCCCGGCUCGGCUGGCGUAAUCGCGCCAGAGAGACGUGCCGCGGCGCAGGUCGGCCCGCUCGGCCCGCUCGGCCCGCUCGGCCCUCCCCCGACCCGUUGUGUGCGGGAUCCGGCAGAUUUGAAAGCCUGCCUGCCUGCCUGCCUGCCUGCCUGCCUGCGUCGGACACCGCCGACAUGAGGAUGCAGUAACCGAGGGGAAACGCGCACGCACACACCAAGACCGCCAUCCCAACAAGAAAGUCCCGAGCGAUGUUUUCACCGUGAACGACAAUCUGGCAUUUGUCCCGCCUCCUUCCAUUAACGGCCAUUUGCAGCAAGCCCCCGGGGAGAGGGCAAAGUGCGCGCGUGUGUGUGUGUGUGUGCGUUGAUGCUGGAGAGGGCGGUGCCAUGUGCAAUCUGGAAGAACAAACACGCACGAUUGACAACACGAGGCCUCGUCGAGUCCAAAUCAGCACAUGAUGGACGACUUUGCGCUGUGUUGCGGCUUCAAUGGAAGCCGUGUUCCUGCAAUCGCAUCGUUAUGCUUGAGUGGCCUCGCUGCGAGCGGCGCGCCGGACGGCGAUGAGCGGUCCCGGCGUCCGCCGUGCCGACACCCCCCCCUCUCGGCACGCGCCGGGACCCAAGCUGCAGGUUCAGCGCUCCCUCUCGCGUGACACCAUCACCAUCCACUUCUCUGCUCUCGGCAAGGAGGAGGACGACGAGGAAGAGGAGCUUUACGGGGUAGACUCCGGAGGGAAACCUGGGCUAGAUGGUGCGGGAGGUCCGGAGGUUUCCAGGCCAAAAGAGAAGCCGGUUUUUGAGUCUGAGACCACCACAGGAGAUCCUCCCGCAAACGCCGCCUCUUCUGCCGUGACAAUCGUUCCCACCUUCAGCAGUCCUCAGCCCAGCUCCUCCUGGCCUUCCGAACGUCCUUUAGCCAAUCUCCAGCCCACGAGCUCCGGCUCCUCCUCCCCUUGCAAGUCGGCCGGCCUUUCAUCCCCCAGACCUUUCCUCAGCCCGGUCAGGUCCUCGUCCAAUGACGCGGAGGCCCGUGAACCCGCCCCGCCGCCGGCCACCGUUGCGCCGUCGCACGCCCGCCACCGUCACUUAAUGAAAUCUUUGGUCAAGUCCCUUUCCGCGGACUCGUCAAAGGCUGAGCACCAGGAAGGGUCCGUUCACCAAGUUCUCCAUCAUGUCCCCCAUCAGCAACAAGUACAGCCGUGCCAGCGGCCGCCUCCUCGCAACAUGCAGCUCUUCAAGCAGUUCUCCCAGCCUCGCCUGUACUCCGCCCCCGUCGUUGCCACUCAGGUCGGCGGAGACUCCAAAACGGCCCCCUCGUCUCCCACCGUGUCCCCGGAUGGUAGGUCCUUCUUCAAGGUUCAAGAGGUGGAAGCCAAGAUAGAAGAUACAAGGAGACGUCUCUCGGAGGUGAUGUCGGACCCGCUGCAGCUUUUCACCAAGCUCAUGGGCGAGGAAUCGGGCACAGGUGGCGUAGGAAGCGGACCUCACCGAGCCAGGUUGCUAUCGUCGAGCGCAUCGGAGCUAAGCGGCAUAACGGCGGUUAACGGGCAAUCCGAAGGUUACGACUACAGCAUUAAGGAGGAGGAGGGAGCCGAGGGGGAAGAAGAUGACGAAACCCCCGUCGGUAGAGGACCCGAUUCCGUCUUCUUCUCCUUUCCCUCGCUGACACCAGCGCCAACUCUCAGCCGGACGUCCACAUCCACCUUUGCCAGGUCUCCGUCGCUCACUCUGGGUCGCUGCUCCAUGUCGGCCCUCGUUGCUCGUCAGGAAGACGAGGACUUCUGUGAACUUUACAGCGAAGACUUUGACUUGUGUACUGACGCGGAGAGUCCAGAUGGGGAUCAUCCAGGAUCCCGGGGCCUCCGCACCGGUAGCACCGGGUUGUGUAGUCAACUGGAUGUUGAGGAGGAAGAAGAGGAGGAAGUGGAGGCUGCGCCUUGGAUCGGCCUGGUCUGCCUGACGCAGUUGGUGUACUGCUACUUAGUCCUUCCGCUCCCACCGUAUGUACGUGCGCUGGUCCACGGGAUUUUUGCAGGCUUCACGUUGGCCGUUCUGGUCCUUUGGCUGUCAGCUCCGAGGCGCUCCAACUUGGGAACCAGGAAGCAAAGACGCGGGAUAGAACCUUGGAAUGUGGCCCGGCUCGAUAUCAAAGAACCAGACGUAGUCAAGGUAUCGCAGCCAUCUUUUGUUUGGUUCAAACAAAUUGUGUUUCUUCCCUUCUGCGUCCGCGCCUCAUCUCAGGGCUGGAUGAACGAGAUCCACAGCUACGACCCGGAGAUGUACCACGCCACCCUGACGCACUCCGUGUACGUCCGCCUCGAAGGUUCCGUCCUGCGACUGUCAAAGCCCAACCGCAACAUCUCCCGGCGCGCCACUCACAACGAGCCUAAACCCGACGUCACCUACAUCAGCCAGAAGAUCUACGACCUGAGCGACAGCAAGAUCUACCUGAUGCCACAGAGCCUAGCGAGGAAACGAGUUUGGAACAAGAAGUACCCUAUCUGCAUUGAGCUGGCCGAGCAGGGCGACUUCAUGUCCAAAGCCCGGGGAGAAAAGGUGGAAGGUGAAGAGGGCAGACCGACAACGCCGGCUGAGACAGCAGAGCGAGCGGACGCCAAGGUGGUAAUAGCCGAAGCGGCCGCGGAGGAGCGCGGGAAGCCGGCGCCCGGAGGAGGGGAUCUGACAAUCUACCUGUUCGGGAGGACGGGUCGGGAAAAGGAGGAGUGGUUCCGGAGAUUUCUGCUCGCGUCCCAGAUGAAGUCUAACGGGCGAGGCGGCGGUCUGCCCAAGAGUGCCUCGCAGCCCCCCCCCAGCCACAGCGACCAGUCCGCCGGCGGCCACGAGGCCGACGGCGGGAGCGGCGGGCGAGGAAGCUCCGACGAGCCGUGCCACCCUCGGCCUCGCCGCCGGGACGCCUCCUCGGCCCCCUCCUGGUGCUCCGCCGGAGGCGUGAGGCGCAAGAUGCUCUUGGAUUAUAAUCUGUACAUGGCCGAGUACGUCGACCCCCGGCCCGCACCCACGAGCCCGGCCGCCGCUCAGAGCCCUGGGCGCAGCCCCGAAGGAAGCCCGCAAACUACCAGAAAGAUGCCCGGGACUUCAGACGAGCCGGCCGAGGCAGAGGCCUGGGUCAACGCGUUUCUGGGAAGAAUAUUCUGGGACUUCCUGGGAGAGAAGCACUGGGCCAACGUCGUCUCCAAAAAGAUUCAAAUGAAGCUUAGUAAGAUCCGGCUGCCGUACGUUAUGAAUGAGCUCACGUUGACGGAGCUAGACAUGGGCUUCUCCAUUCCCAAGAUCCUCGGAGCCUCCGAACCCUCCGUUGACCACCGAGGUUUGUGGUUCCAUCUGGAGGUCUCCUACACGGGCUCCUUCCUCAUGACUCUGGAGACCAAGAUGAACCUGGCCCGUCUGGGCAAGGAGGGCGAGGGCCUGGGCGAGCACGGCAGCGAGUGGUCAAGGCCACGCGCUUAUUGUUUGGCGGACAGCGACGAGGAGUCGUCCAGUGCCGGUUCCUCAGAUGAGGAGGAUCCGCCGGAACUUUUCAGUGACAAAGCUGUUCUCCCUGGAGGCGAAGGCUACGUGGGAGGCCACAGGCCCGGCAAGAUCAUGCGCUUUGUGGACAAGAUCGCCAAGUCCAAGUACUUCCAGAAGGCCACAGAGACGGAGUUCAUCAAGAAAAAGAUGGAGGAGGUGGCCAACACGCCGCUGCUGCUCACCGUGGAGGUGCAGGAGUGUCGAGGGACUCUUGCUGUCAACAUCCCACCGCCCCCUACGGACAGAAUAUGGUACGGUUUCCGCAGUCCGCCUCACCUGGUGCUCAAAGCGCGGCCCAAACUCGGCGAGAGGGAGGUCACUCUGGUCCAUGUGACCGACUGGAUUGAGAAGAAACUGGACCAAGAGUUUCAGAAAAUAUUUGUUAUGCCAAACAUGGAUGACUUGUGGCUACCCAUCAUGCACUCUGCCAUGGACACGCGUUCAAAUGCCAGCUUGAUUACCGAGUCAAACGAUGCCUUGAAGGGCCCAGAACCUGAAGAGUCCGAGGCCUCGUCGUGCAUGUGAAGAAGACGUCCGGACCGCUGCUUUUCACCAUGGCAAUAUAUUGACUUUGCGCCCGAGAGAGAGAGAGAGAGUGUGUGUGUGUGUGCUUGUGUGUUGGGGGUGGGGGGGUGGGCCCUCAAAGUGGACGUUUUGUCAUCAUUUGUGGCCAAUUCCAAAAGUCUGGGCGUGUCUAGGCUGUUCAGCAAGUAUACGUACGUGCUGGCGCUUUGAGAAAUAGCCAUCGGAGUGACCAAUAGCAACCAUCAAACCUGUGAAGUACAGCUGCACCAAACUCCAGUUGUAGAUUUUUUUGGGUGACCUUUAAAGUGGCUCGCGAAAAGUGUGUUGACCUGUGUGGAAUGAUGACGAGAAAAUAACCGCCGUGUCCGUGUAUGUACACGCAUUUCCUCUCCGGAUGUAUCAGUCCUCACGAAAUGCAAACAGGACGAUGGCGAUGUGAAGAGUUUGAACCCGCGCAGCGUGGGUGCUGUCCAGGCUGUACGCUUUGAACUGAAACCUUAUGUAAUGCGUAAAAGGACUUUAAAAAGGAGGGGGUGGUACGACUUGAAAUGUAUGCGCAGACACAGCAGCCAAACCUUUGCCGAAAUCUGAUGAAUGUAUUUAUAAGAUUCUCUCAUUCACUUGACAAUGUGCUUCUUAGCAACAAUUUUCAUUCAAAUUGCAGUUAUGCGUUUCUAUUGCCAAAGCAUUGUUUCACUCUGGCUUGAAGGGUAAUUAGUGGCAAAUGUCUGGGGCGCUCUUUCAGCUGUGUACAUUGAGUUUUGGGGGUCAAAACGUGCUGCUUUCUGGAUUUUAGCCAUGUUGUUUCAGUACUGUCAUCAUAUAUUUGUUGAAUAGAAUUCUAAAAGGUGAGACGGUGCCUGAGGUGAGGAUGAGAAGUGAGCUAGUAGCACCCAUUUUUAAGAACAAGGGCGAUGUGCAGAGUUGUUUAGAGGAAUAAAGUUGAUGAGUCAUACAAUGAAGACAUAGGAAAGAGUAGCGGUGGCUCGACUCAGGACAAAAGUGAGUAUUUGUGAGCAGCAGUAUGGUCCAUACCAACGAGCAGUACCACAGAUGCGUUAUUUGCCUCGAGCGUGUUGCUAGAGAAGUACAGAGACGGUCGGAAGGAGCUGCAUUGUAUCUUUGUAGAUCUAAAGAACGCAUCUGACAACGUACCCAGAAAGGAACUGUGUUACUGCAUGAGAAAGUCAUCAGGGAUCCGUUCCAAGCCCCCUUCCUGUUGCCUAUGGCGACGGAUAAGCGCACAGAUGAGGUUAGACUGGAAUCCCCAUAGAACAAGAUGUUCUCAGAUGACAUUGGGAUCUGCAGUGAGCAUGUGGAGGAACAUUGACAAAGGUGGAGGCAUGCACUGAAAAAGAAGGAAUGAAGAGGAAAUAAAUGUGCUCGAAUGAGAGGGGUGGAGGAGGGAGAGUGAGGCUACAGGGAGACGAGACGGCGAGGGUGGAGGACUUGAAAUACUUGGGGUGAACGGUCCAGAGCAAUGGUGAGUGUAAGGAAGGAAGGAAGUCAAGAAACGAGUCUGAGCAGGUUGGAACGGGUGGAGGAAGGUGUCAGGUGUGUUACGCGUGACAGAAGCUUCCAGUGGCGCUGAAGAGACGACAGGAGGCGGAGGUGAAGAUGUUGAGGUUUUCUUUCGGAGGGACCAGGAGUAGCAAUGGACCAUUCAGAGGCACAGCUGAGAAAGCAUCGGAAUGUUCUCGGGGAAAAGUUAGAGGGGCCAGACUUUGACGGUUAGGACACGUUCCGAGGAGAAAUAACGAGCGCAGUGAUGCCUUGAGAUGUGAGGGACCUGACUUUCGAGUGUUUUGAAAUAGGAGUCGUAGGUUCGGACGAUUGUUUGCUUCGACUUGCGAGUAAACAUUUGAGAUUCGAGCACUGUAUGGUGGCAGUGAAUUCAACUCGACUCACUUUACAACAAGCGGCGGCAGUUUGUGAGCAAUUCUUCAAAAAAUCAACUUCGAGCUGUUUCAUACCACAUAAGGCGGAGAAUUACAUGUUCUGCAUCUAAAGCACCCACAUAACUUUGCCUUUCAACCCGCUAUGCUAACACGUGAUGGGAAAUGCAAGAGACGGACUAUGUUGCGGUGUUGUGACUCUUUAAUCAAUGAAUAUUCAAAGACAAACAAUAUAAGAAUACUCGCAGGCGUAUGUUGUUUUUCCACUGCUAAAACAACCAAUAUCACAGCAGUUUUUGGGCCACUUAAAGUAGUUGUUAAAGUCUUCCUUUGUGUCUGCAUGGCCGUAAUAUACUGCCCCCAGUGGCCAAGUUGCGCACACCAGCAGUAGUCACAAAAAUGAAUCAUCGUGCACAAUCCUUAUUCAAAACACAUUAGGAAAAUAUUUAUUGGCUUAUUUGGGGAGGCCGGAACAGAUCGAUGACAAGGAACGUGUUUUGAGUUACAAACGAACCAAUUAAACUCGUAUCUCAGGGCACCACUGUUUGUUGUGAUAACGAGGUUGUGGAGCUGCCAGGCAGGAGAGAGAAGGUUGAUGGAUGGGCUGUAGUGCGGUCGCGGUCGCAGAGGAGCAUGAGGAAGAUGUGCAAAGCUCCGAACGCGACGGGCCGAAAGAAAAGCAGUCAGGUGCCAUCCGGCCAAGCAACGCUUCUUUUGCCAUUCAAAACCUGUUCGUUCCGUAUCGUGCGCCAAGUCGCAUUCGUCGCCUGCCGUUGUUUACUUCGUUGCUUUGCAGGCGACUUUGUUUCUGUAAGUGUAUGAGGCAGAAAGUGCCUUUGUAAUAAGAAAACAUUCCUCCACAGGGAGCCCCCCCCCCCCCCCCAAAAAAAAUGUUGGGCCAUUAUUGUCGUACAUCUUGUUUCCAAAGGUUUUGGCGUUCAUUUGCACUGUGAAGAAAAUGUCCAACAUUGCUGUUGUGUUCAGUGACGUCAGAAUGUUAUGGUUCAGGCCAUUGUGGAUUAAUAAAAAUAUUUUUUUGCACUGAUAAA